AUGGAAUAUGCAAAUGGAGGUACUCUUCGAGAAUAUUUGAAGGAACAUUUUGAUAAUCUUACUUGGAAUAAUAAGUUUAAUAUGGCAUUUCAGUUGGCUUGUGCUAUAUUAUGCUUACACGAUGAAGGAAUUAUUCACCGUGAUUUGCAUUCCAAAAAUGUAUUAGUUCAUCAAAAUAUAGUUAAAUUAGCAGAUUUUGGUUUAUCAAAAAGAAUUGAAGAAUCAUCCAACCUUUCUUCAACGAAAUUAUUUGGAGUAAUUCCUUAUAUUGACCCAAAAAGUUUCAGUAAUCAAGAUUAUAAAUUAAAUAAAAAAAGUGAUAUUUAUAGUAUUGGAAUACUUUUAUGGGAGAUAUCUAGUAGCAAUCCUCCUUUUUAUACUGAAGGUAAACCAUAUGACGUUUGUUUAGCAAUUAAUAUAUCACAAGGCCUUAGAGAGACACCCAUUCCUGAUACACCCGAAGAUUAUGUGAAUAUUUAUACUGGUAAAUAUAAUUAA